AUGAGCCUCGUGUCUGCCUCUGAAUCAGAGCACUGGCAAGACACCCAACCGGACAUCGAUUGGGAAGUGGAGUCAGAGAACUUCCGUGAUGUGAUUGACCGAUCGAUGGACAUAGUCCAGCGCGCGGGACUGGACAUUGACAUAUGGAGUCUUCCCCUUCGUGGUGGAAACAUCUACUGUUAUGCAGCUAUCCUCAUCUCUCAACUUCAUAAUCUCAAAAAGUUGGAUCUAGAUUAUUCGUUGGUCUGGUGGGAUGGCUUCCCGGGCCUCAUGCUGAAGCAGGCCCUACUAUCUCCCAAUGGAGUGCUUUCAACCUUCCAAUACCUUGAGACCGUUGACUAUGGCGGCAAUGUCCCCAUCGCCGAGGACGAAGAUGAGGAUCCUGACAGUUACCCCGCAUACAACCCGGAUCAGUUCAUGGCCUGGUUUUGCCUGCCAUCUUUGCGCUACCUAAACAUAUGGUUACGAGAUCUUGAAGGCCUAGAGGAAACAGUGCCCAAUCUGAAUCUCAAUAAACUGGAGACACUUAUCCUUGCACGGACCACGAUCUCAGACCCAGAUGUGCAUUGCUUGCUUUCCCGAGCACCCAAUUUAAAAACCCUGCACCUUGGAAUGGCCUACGCCUGGGGCGCCGAAGAUGUGAUAGAUGAUCCUCCUUCACUAGCCGAAGCCCUCAAGUCUGUAAAACAGACCCUGCGACAUCUUUCCCUAGGAGUCGAGUAUUAUCCCUCCAACCUGGGCGAGCGCUACUGGGGCAUGAGUGGCGAUCACAUCAAGGAGUCAUUCCACAACAUUCUACACCAUUUUCCCAAUCUCCAGUCAGCCGAGCUGCCAUUACCCGUCCUCUUGGGUUGGUACUGGCGGCACGAAACUGAGCUGGGGCCUCUUCUGCCGAAGACCCUGCGCCAUCUCUGCUUGCGCGAGGACUUGAGAGGCCUAGGCGACUUCGAAUGGGAACAGGAUCAGGUGAAGGAUCUGAUUCGUCCGUUUCUCCGCAACUGGCGUGAGUAUACCCCGGAGUUGCAGACGAUUACGUGGCGGCUUUGGGACCAGAAUUAUAUGGAUGGUUGGGAGGACUUGCAGGACGAGUUAUGCCGUGCGUGUGCAGAUGCUGGCCUUACAUUGAAUUUGACUAUUGAUGACCUCGGGACCGGGCUCUGGAGCCGGGAAUCGGGUUCUUUAGAGAAUACCGUGCUUGGGGAAUAG